GCGGAGGUGGGGCGGGGCCCGCGCGGACCCGGAAGCGGCGGGCGAGGGGUGCGGGCGGCCAUGGCGCCAGGAGGGCUCAAGGCGGCGGUGGGCGACAAGAUCCUGAAUGGGGUUAUCCGGAGCAUCAAGAAGGAGGGAGAAUGGAAGGUGCUGAUCAUGGACCACCCCAGCAUGCGCAUCGUCUCGGCCUGCUGCAAGAUGUCCGACAUUCUGGCGGAGGGCAUCACCAUCGUGGAGGACAUCAACAAGCGGCGAGAGCCCAUCCCCAGCCUGGAGGCCAUCUACCUGCUCAGCCCUGUUGAGAAGUCAGUGCAGGCAUUGAUCAGAGACUUCCGGGGCUCCCCCACCUACAGCUACAAGGCCGCACACGUCUUCUUCACUGACACAUGCCCCGAGCUGCUGUUCACGGAGCUGGGCAAAUCCCGCAUCACCAAGGUCAUCAAGACCCUCAAGGAGAUCCAUCUGGCCUUCCUGCCCUACGAGAGCCAGGUGUUCUCGCUGGACGCUCCGGGCGCCUUCCAAGCUUGCUACGGCCCGUUCGGGCACGAAGAGCGUGGGCGGCAGCUUGAGCAGCUGGCAGAGCAGAUCGCCACCCUCUGCGAGACCCUGCAGGAAUACCCAGCCGUGCGCUACCGCCGGGGGCAUGAUGACAACUGCACCCUGGCCCACGCGGUGCUGGCCAAACUCAAUGCCUUCAAGGCCGACAACCCCAGCAUGGGAGAGGGCCCCGACAAGGCACGCUCACAGCUGCUCAUCGUGGACCGGAGCUGGGACCUGGUGACGCCUGUGCUGCACGAGCUCACCUUCCAGGCCAUGGCCUAUGACCUGCUGGGCCUGGAGCAAGACACCUACACGUACCAGACAACAGGACUGAGCGAGGCGCGUGAGAAGGUGGCACUGCUGGACGAGGAUGAUGAGCUGUGGGUCCAGCUGCGUCACAUGCACAUCGCUGAUGUCUCCAAGAAGGUGACGGAGCUGCUACGGACCUUCUGUGAGAGCAAGCGGCUCACAACCGACAAGGCCAACAUCAAGGACCUGUCCCAGAUUCUGAAGAAGAUGCCACAGUAUCAGAAGGAGCUGAACAAGUAUUCCACCCACCUGAACCUGGCUGAGGACUGCAUGCGGCGCUUCAAGGGCACUGUGGAGAAGCUGUGUAGUGUGGAGCAGGACCUGGCGAUGGGGUCAGAUGUAGAUGGCGAGCGGCUGAAGGACCCCAUGAAGGUGCUGGUGCCAGUGCUGCUGGACUCAGCCGUGGCCCCGUACGACAAGGCGCGUGUCAUCCUGCUCUACGUGCUGCUCAAGAAUGGCGUGAGUGAGGAGAACCUAACCAAGCUGGUGCAGCAUGCCAACAUCCCAGCCCAGAGCGGUGCCCUGCGCAACCUGCACCUGCUGGGCACCCAUCUCACGCCUGGCAAUGGGCAGCUGCGGCCUGAGACCCGGGAGCGCCUGGAGUCCACGUAUCAGCUCUCACGCUGGACCCCCGCCCUCAAAGACGUCAUGGAGGAUGCCGUAGAGGACAAACUGGACAAGAAGAUGUGGCCAUUCGUGUCUGACCCGGCUCCGGCUGCCAGCUCCCAGGCUGCUGUGAGUGCCCGUUUUGGGCAUUGGCACAAGAGCCGGGCACCAGGCGAGGGCCGGGCAGGACCACGCCUACUGCUGUUCGUGCUGGGCGGCGUUGCCAUGUCCGAGAUGCGCAGCGCCUAUGAGGUCACACGUGCCACUGACGGCAAGUGGGAGGUACUCAUUGGUUCCACCCACAUCCUGACACCUACCCGCUUCCUGGAGGAUGUUGCUGCCCUGGACCAGGCAUCCCCCCAGAAGGAAUAGCGCCCCCCUCCCCUCCCAAUUCCCACCCCAUAUGGCUGCUUGUACCUGACUCUCCAGUCAGCAAAGGGUUAAUGGUACUCUCUCCCACCACCCCUCCACUCCGCUGAGGGGAAGAGCCUAGUGGGGGGGGCACCUAUGGUGAUGGGGGGGGGGUGGUGUCCCUCUUUCCCUCCUCCAGAUUGGAUAGUGCCCAUCACCCCUGCCUGGGAGGAGCCGGGGUUGUUCGUUUCUGUCCAGUUCUUGCUCUGUGUUGUGUGAAAAUAAAUGGUACCAGAGGC